AUGUUAACCAUACAUAUUAAAGCUGGCAAUUUAAUGAACCGCUUUAUGAACUUUUCCCAGGCCCAGUUGAAGUAUAAUACAAAAUAUUUUAGCAAUGCAACAGCUUUUAUAGAUCAGGGGACCCUUAAUGUGGACAUGACCACUAUACGUAUUCUACACUAUGGUUUGCGCAUCAAUAUUGAGACCCAACAUAGAAUUGAUAAUUCCAAAAAGUACCAAACUUUAUUUUACCAAGAUUUUGAAAUGUGUAAAGUGCUAAAUGAGGUAUUUCGUGAAAAUUUAAUACGCAUUUGGUUUAGAAAUAUUUUAAAAUAUGGCAAUCUAAUGGAAAAUUGUCCAGUGCCUAUAGGCCGCUAUUAUGUACGUAAUAUGCGUUUGGAAACGAAUGGUAUACCGGCGUAUUUGAGACCUGGCGAUUAUCGCAUGAAUGUUAACUACUAUUAUGGCAAAAGGAAGACGAAAAAGGAAGAUAUGGUGUUUCUAUUAGUUGUAGAUAUGAGAUUUUUUUGA